AUGGUUGUCCUAAAACUGAAAAGUGACAAGAAGAAGAGGGAAAAGGCAAAGGAAACUAAAAUAGAUUAUGCAAAAUGUUUUAAGAGGACAAAAGUUAAGGAGAGAAUAAUUCGGAAGGACGUGGAAAAUGAAUUCGACCUCUCGAUAUUCUCCAAAAUAUAUCAUGCAUCGAAUAAAAUACGACAGCUGAACUAUGCCAAACUAGUUAAAGCCAUAAGGAAAAACAAAAAUUUAAUUGCAAAUCAUGUGCAAGAAAUAUUGGAGAUUUAUGGGAAGGGCAUUAUAGAUGAAGAUGAAAAUGUGCGUAAUUAUUCUUCCAAAAUAUUUUACCACUUGGUUAAUAGCCCUAUCGAUUUUGACGUGUUCCACAGCAAGAUUAAAACUUGCUUAUUUCACUCAUUGAAGAUAGAAAGAGUGCCUUUGAAGGUGCUAAACCUGGAGCUGUGUCAUAGGUUUUUUUUUACGAAGAUUCAUUACUGCCAUAAGUUUUUCUAUGAAUUUUUAAGUAACAUUUUGAGCUGCUUCGUUUCUCUGCCGAUAGAGAAGGAGGUCACAACGGUGAAGUAUUUCUUCCUCUUAUUCAAGCAUAAAUGGAGAUUCAAGCGGGGGGGCAGGAGGAACCUCCCCAGUGGAUUGAAGCAACAAGCAAGAGGUGCUUCCGUGGAAGAGACACCCAUUGGUGUAGCAGAAGAGGGGGGUCCUGUCGAUGCAGAAGAAGUCGCAGAUGACGAAUCGCGGGGAGACCCGGACAACUGCUACGAAUUCAUAACUGGCACGAAUAGACGAAACAGCUAUAACGACCCAUUCCUUCUGAAGAAGGAAGAAAAGACGAGAAUCCAGGUGGCAACUAAGAUGGAGAUUUUCACAAAACUAUUACAAUGUCUAUACAACUUUAUGGAUGAAGUGGUGUACAAUUCGAUGAACGUAGAUUUGAUUCAUCUGUACACGAAAAUUUUAAAAGUAAUAACUUGUAUGAUGAAGAAGAAAAAAAUAAAAAUGUGGAAGCAAGAAAUGAUGAUCCUAGUUAACAAUUUUUUGAACAGAGCAAUGGGGGUGAUUAACGAGCAUGCAUCUGAGUUAAGUAGCUGCAAGAAGGUGUUGAAAAUGAUAUUCUACUUGGUCAUGUUGGUUUUAUCACUGUGUGGAAAAGAGAUGAACCAUUUUGAGGAUGCCAAUAGGAAGAUUCCAUUCAACUAUGUAGGGUUAGUAAAGUAUUGUCUCUCUAUUUACUUUUACGCCCUCUUACGAUUUGAGUUUUUUAGCGUAGAAAAUCUGGAGCAUCAAAAAAAAGCGGGUACCUCAAACGGGGUUGUAAAAAGGGUAGAUUCGUUACAUCCCAGUGAGGGGCCAAGUCACACGGAUGUAAGCAGCCAUUUAGUCAACAAUUUGUGCGACGGGAAGUGGAAGAACAGGACACACAGGAACGUGGAAAAGUAUGCAAGGAAGUACUUUCUACUGCUAGUCCGCAUGUACGAAAUGUUUAUUCACCGAAAGGAUAAGAAAACGCUGUGGCAAGAUGGUUCAUCCCGUGAGGGAAAAACAAGCGGAAAGAACAUCGACCAGAAGGAGAAAAGCAACAACAGUAAUAUUGCUUAUAGCCAUGCUGAAAGGAUAAUAAAAUUAGUACAAAAGAAAAUAAACACGUAUGAGGAUGGCGGAGAAGUCAGAGUUGUAUGUGGACUCGUGUUAAAAUAUUUGAGUAACUUUUCGCAAAACAGUAUCGACCAGAUGGAUCACUUUUGCUACUUUGUAAUUAUGCUCGCGCAGCAGGCAAAUGGUGGGGUGAAUAAACCCGAUUAUGAAGCACCACGUUUGGGGGAAGGACUCUCCACUUCUCCAGAGGAAAAGGAACAAAGGAAUUGCAACCAGUGGAACAGUGUGGAUCAGUUGAAUGUGGGAGGUUCCAAAAACAGUAGGUCAUCAUUUCCAUUCCUUACCACCCCAUUCAUGUUUGUACUUUUAGCAGACUGUGAGUGCUUUAUAAAUAAUAAUUUCUUCGACACAUUUUUCGAAACGUUUAACGAAGAAGAAAGGAGUAGAAUAAUGGAAGCGAUUUCAUUUGUGCAGAAUGGAGGAAGUACGAUCAACAUAAUUACGAGACACACUUUUGAUUGUUUUUUGGGUAAAUUAUUUUCCAUUUUGUACAGUUAUGAUAACGCCCUGUUUGUGAAUAACUGCCUUUUUUUCCUUUCGUUCCUAAGUGUAAAUAAGCGCAAGGUUAGGAAGGCGUACGGGGAUUUUAAGCAUUGCAUUGGUACGAGGGAGGAAAUGGAACAGCUGCUUCGCCUCGAUGUAAGGACCGACUUGGACGAUGUGAUGAAGGACAAUAGAGAGAUACUGAUUGAUCACUUUUUAAGUAAAAAUAGAUACACCAUCCAGUCCUUUGAGAUAAUUUCUAAUCUGUAUUUUGUGUACGGAAAUAGGAAUAGAAAGUUGGUCUUGUUCAUUUAUUUUUUGAUUUUAAAAUUUGAGAAGGAGGAGAGGAGUACCUUGGGCUUCUGUCUGGGGGAGGAAGAAGCCAUGGUUCUUCUGGAUCGAGUUUUUCGUACCCCGCUUUGGAACGACUACACAUGCGUAGCAGACGUUAAGUGUAGCUACUCCCCUUUGGUUGAUCACUUCCCCGAAGAUGGUCUCCAGGGCGAUGUGGAGGUCAACCCAGAUGACGCGAGGACAGAAGAAGGAACUGCUCUGUGUUUGCGCGGGAAAAAUUGUACAUUUAGGAUAAACAAGGAUUAUCUAUAUAGGGAGGAUUUUUUGCUUUUCUUUAUGAAGAUGAACUUAUCCGAAUGGAAUUUUAUCGUCAGAAAUGACAUAUACACGGUUAUGCAUAUGAACUGUUCAGACCAAGGUGCACACACAACCGGUGAGCACUUCUCAGAUGGAGAGAAGAAACAUGCCAACCUCAUUUUGAUUAUAAAACGAAUGGCAUUCAUCAUUUCGAAUGUUAACAUAUGUAUAGUGGAUGAGGACAAGAAUAUGAAUAACUCCCUGUUCAUAAUGGAUUAUUUAUUUGGGGUGAUCGAGCGGGUGGGUUUGACUGAUCACCCCCUGCCAGGGAGUUCAAACGAUUGCGAUAGAUUGUUCGUAUUGGUUAAAGUGGCUUUUCUGUUUUAUUUCGCAACUUUUUAUUUGUCCCCCUGCUUGUUGUCCAAGAGGAGAGGAAGUUUCUAUCCGGAGAGAGGAGCAGUCGAUAUACGAAAUAAUCACAGGGGAGGAGAAGUUAGUGGCGUUGUGCCUGCUGCCAAGGACGGUGAAGCAGAUUUACAAGCCGAUGUAGCUGUUGGACAGGAGCAUAUCUACUACGACCACAGAGAAGAUGUGACGAUUGAUGUGUCUACUUUUGUCACGUUCGUGAAGAAGACCCUUUCCAAAAGUGGGAACAAGGAAGAAGAAUCUGAAUUGGAUAAGUUUGCAUAUGUGAUGCCGCAUUUCCACAUGGCCUGCAAAUUUUUUGACGUCCUACUUGAGCAGGGUAUUAUGUACACAUGCAGCGUGAAUAAGGACCUUCAAGAAAUGACAAGCGUGAACUUGGAAUAUAAUUUGAGCACCCACGUAGAAUUUGAAAAUAUGCUCACCAAAAUUAAGAGCAGCAUAACUAUUGUUAGUGUCAACAGCAUAGUAGAUCUACCCGUAAGGGGUAUCAUCAAAUUGUUGGCAAUCACCAUUUUUAAAAUGUCACUCAACAGAAACAUUUUGUAUGCUCAUUUGGUUAACAAUGCGGAUUGUUUUUCGAAUGGGUACCUUUAUGAUUUAAACAUUUUUUUCUUUUUCCAUCAUUUCGUGUCAUGUUUGAUUCAAAGAGUUAGAAGCUUGUUGGACAGUCCCUUCUCCCAGCGUAGUUACUACACCAUCUCGUUUUUAAUAGAUAUCCUUCUGUGCGCGUACUGUAUCAUGGAGGAGGUCGCGAAGACGAUGGAGAUGACACCCUAUCGGGGCGCUACAGGGAAUGUGACACAUGAGGUAGAUAAUCCAGAUGACCCAGAUGUGAUGGACGAACCCCCACUUGAAGCAGCAAAAAGGAGUCUUCAAAAACUCAAUGAACAGCUGAGGUGCACACUGAACGAAAUGCCACAAAACGAAAAGAGGUACUUUUUCCCGCGGGUCAAGUUGCUAGUAGAAAAGUAUCUCUAA